CAUUUUCUACAUUCACUCAUUACUGGUUAGUGAUUGCACUGAAACACCCCCAAAAAAAGAAAAAAACCAUUUAAAAAAAAAAACUACACAAACAAAAGAGAAAAACACUUUCUUCACACUGUUUAGAGAGAGAGAGAGAGAGAGAAACAGACCAAACAACAAAGAAAAGUAGAGAAAACAGAGAGAGUAGAGUUGGCUUUUUGAGAGAGAAAGCUAGAAGAAAAUACAUGGUGGGAAUGUGGUUCUUCACCUUCGCGUUCCUCGCCGUCGUCUCGGCGGUCAGCUCUUGCUCGCCUUCCGACCAUGCAGCUCUCAUGGCCUUCAAAGCCCAACUCAACGAGCCUUACUUGGGCAUAUUCCACACCUGGACCGGCGACGACUGUUGUCUCAACUGGUACGGCAUCAGCUGCCACCCCGACACUCGCCGUGUCGUCGAUAUCAACCUCCGCGGCGAGUCUGAGGACCCGAUUUUAGUUAAAGCUGGUCGAGCCGGCUACAUGACCGGAACUAUCUCGCCGGAGAUCUGCAAGCUCGAUCAUCUUACCAACCUCAUCUUAGCCGACUGGAAGGGAAUCUCCGGCGAGAUUCCGAAAUGCAUAACGUCUCUUUCUUCCCUCCGAGUGCUCGAUUUGAUCGGCAACAAAAUUUCCGGCGACAUUCCGGCCGACAUUGGUAGGUUGAGUAAGCUCACCGUGCUGAACCUCGCCGACAAUGCAAUUUCCGGCCAGAUUCCGACGAGCAUUUUGAACAUCGCGGGGCUGAUGCACUUGGACCUGAGCAAUAACAGACUCACCGGCCAAGUCCCCUCCGAUUUCGGGAAUCUGAAAAUGCUGAGCCGGGCUUUGCUGAGCCGGAACCAACUCACCGGUUCGAUUCCGGAGUCGAUCGGGUACAUGAACCGGUUGGCGGAUUUGGACCUGGCCAUGAACCAAAUCUCGGGUUCCAUUCCGGAUCGGUUGGGCAAAAUGGCGGUUCUCUCUACACUCAAUUUGGAUAGCAACAAGCUUUCGGGUCAAAUACCUUCGACCCUGUUGGGAAAUACGGGUUUGGGAAUCCUCAACUUGAGCCGAAACAGUCUGGAGGGAAAUAUUCCGAACGUUUUCAGUUCGAACUCGUAUUUCAUGGUUUUGGAUCUGUCCUAUAACAACUUGAAGGGUCCGAUACCCGGUUCGUUAUCGUCCGCGAAAUUUGUCGGGCACAUGGAUCUCAGCCACAACCAUCUAUGUGGGACCAUUCCGGUGGGAUCACCGUUCGAUCACCUGGAAGCUUCAUCUUUUGCCAACAAUGACUGUCUAUGUGGAAACCCGCUAAAAACUUGUUAAAGAAUGACCGGGUCGGUUAGCGGUUUGUUCACCCGGGUCAAUGAAUUUGUUGAGUUAAUAAUGUAUAUGUAAUGUACGUGGUGAUAUUAUUGUAAGUGAGAAUGGGGAAUUGCAGGGUUUUAUUUAAGGCAGUGUUUGGGGAUUUUCCAUAUAAAUGUUAAUAUAUGUUUUAAAUGCAUAUAUUUUAAAUGCAAAGGGUUCAUGCACGUGAAUGAUUGCGUGAGCAAGAAAUUGAAGAAAAACAAAAGAGUACAAACUCCAAAGCCAUACUAUCGGUGAGCAAAGGCCACCUGCUUGCUUUCAUGUAGUAUAUUAUGUAUUGGAUCCGAUUUAAUUAUUUUUAAUGUUUUUCUUUACUGAUUUAA